AUGUUUGAUGAUCAAGUGAUUAUUCACAAUAUUCUUCAAUUUCAUCAUUGGGACGAUUGGAAUGGUUGUAAAUUAUUUACUCUGUGCUCUAGAUGGAACAGUGUAUUCUUUUCAGAGCACUUUGCAUUUUCUUAUCUUCAAAAUGUAUUUAAUUUGAGUUCGGAACAAAAGAAGAUGCUCGAGGUUGUCUUAUUGACAAACUUUGAUCGCAGUUUAGAACGAAAAAAGAAAGGCAGAAAACGAUACUUAUCAAAGGACAUUCAUGAUGAUGAGUUGCAUGAAUUCCAUCAAUUAGACAGCGCUUGGAAAGUGUUAAAGUGGUACAUCAUUCUAAAAAGAAGGUCUUACUUUUAUAACGAAACAAUUUCGAAUUUAAACCAGUACCUUACUGAACAUAAGCCAUCUUUGCUUGACAAUAUUAUUGAAAAGAUGAUUUUAGAAAAACAUCGUCUUCAAUUAUAUAAUGCAAAAACGAAAUUUUUUAAUAAUGACUUGUAUUUAUCUGAGAAUGUUGUAAUCACUGACCAUGUAAUUAGAAAACUGAUGAGAGGUACAUUUAAGGAGGUGUUUGUUGAGAAUAUUCAAAACUGUGGCAAUAACUUUCAAAUGAAUUAUAUCAUAAUUCUUGGCUAUGGUUAUCCUUUAUAUAUCUCCUUAACCAGAUCCACAACAGAUUGUGGUAGAGAAACAUUUUGUGUGGAUAGUAAUCAUGUUCUAUGCACAAACUCUUUUACACACAACAGAUCGCCUUUCGAAGCAUUUUAUUCUUGGUCAAAUUAUGAACAACUUAAUUAUUUGAAAAAAAUUAUUUUUCGAAAUAGUGUGAAAGAGUUAAGUGAAGAUGAAUGCGAUGGUCUUUCACGAGAUGAAUGUUUUCAAUGUGUCCUGUAUAGGUUGUUGAAUUCAGGUACAAUUGAUGAAGAUCGAUUUGAGAGAGUAACUAAAUCGUUAGAAGGCGAUAUAGUAGUGUUAGGUAUUGGGAAUGAUGAUAUUGAUGAAUAA